UGCAACGGGGACAUAGCUUGUUCAGCCCCAGCCAGUGGCUUGUUUAGCCCAACCAGUGGUCACUCUCGGUCCCCUCUGAAGCUCGCCCCGCGAAACCAUGCGCAGCUACGCCCUCCUCCUCGCCUCCGCGGCCAGCGCCUACCCCGUCGCCCCACGACGGGCGCUGCGCAGUACAAGCUUGCGCGCCGCCCCCGAGGUCUCGGAGCAGCAGUCCUGGAUGAUCGACUACAUGGCCAAGGCCCACACGGCGCGCCUCGAGGCCGUGCAACGGGCCAAGGCGGAGGCCGCCGCCGAGAUGGAGGCGCGCAUCAAGGAGCUCGAGGCGCAGAUCGCCGCGGCGCCCGCGCCGCCCGCCGCGCCGGCGCCCGCGGCCGCGCCGGCGCCGGCGCCGGCGCCGCCGAAGGCCGCGGCGCCGGCCGCGCCCGCGCCCACGCCGGCCGCGCCCGCGGUCCCCGCGGUCCCCGCGUCGGGUGCUGCGGUCGCCAUCAACGCGGCCUACGCGCGGCGCAAGGGCUCGAAGCAGGUCGCGUCGCGGUGGGGGCCCGAGGAGCUCGCGCGCCUCGAGGCGCUCGACACGUCCGCCGUCGCCGCGGCGCCCGCGGCCGCGGCGCCCGCCGCGCCGGCGGUGGACGUCGACGCGGCGUACGCGCGGCGCACAGCCAACACCAAGAAGAUGUCGAGCCGUUGGGGCGCGUCCGAGCUCAACCGCAUCUGAGAAUUCCUGUUUGCAUAUAG